AUGUUAGUCAACCCUCGCAUUUUGCCGCCCAUAUUUCCUUGCCUUAUCUAUCAUCCAUCUUUAGUUGCCAAGGCCUUUUCUACUACCGCCGCAACUAACAUAAACACCCAAACCCGUGGCAGGAAACUUGACGGGAGCUGCCAAUGCGGCGCCGUGGAAUUCACCCUCCAAUCCCAUACACCGGUUCCGUACCAAUUAUGCGCCUGCAGCAUAUGCCGGAAAGUCGCCGGAUACAGCGGCAGCGUGAAUCUAGGCGGUAUUGCGGAUAGUUUAAAGAUCCUGAAGGGACGGGACUCUAUCAAGAAGUACAGGGCCAUCAAAGAUCGAGGCCAGCCAAACGAGUCCCUAUGUUCAAGCGAACGUAGCUUUUGCUCCAAUUGCAGCACUAUGCUCUGGCUCUGGGAUCAUCAUUGGCCAGAACUCAUUCAUCCUUUUGCCUCCGCAAUUGAUACCGACUUGCCAGUGCCGGAUGAGAUGGUAUGUAUUCUGGAAGACUCUAAGCCUGCGUGGGUAAGGUGGCCCGAAGGCAAGAAGACGGUCUAUAAAGCAUACGGUGACAGCCUUGAAGACUGGCAUAAGAAGAAAGGAUUGUUCGUGGAUUAG